AUGGCUAUCCCGGGUGCAUCCGACCAGGUAUGCUGCGAGAAAACCUGCAGUUUGUUCAAUUGCAGCGUUGGCUAUGUGGCCAAUGAAGCCUACAUCCACAACACAGGUUUCACAGACACGCAGUGCUGCGACAGAGCGUGUGGAGCUGCGGAGUCUGAGAGCGCCUUCAAAUGCAAUGCGAGUCAAGCAGUCGGCAAUCCCUUGAAAGCAGGCACAUCUCCGGCGGAAUGCUGUGAAGAUAUUUGCGAGCUGCACAAGUGCAGCCCUUUAUGGGUCCCCAAUCCGAAAGCGGCAACGCUGCCCGGGAACACGGACGAGAAGUGCUGUUUGCCCACCUGCGGACAGGUGAGAUGUGAUCCAGGCUACAUCUAUGACGAGCUCAUGAUUGAAAAGCCUGGCACCACGAAAGAGGAGUGCUGCGUCAAGUCGUGCGAGCUUUUCAAAUGCGAUGCUGCUCAUGGCUUUAGCAUCCCUGAGAAGAAGAAAUCCCAGAAAGCCACUUCGGCAGAUGACUGCUGUGAGCCCCAGUGUCGCCAUCACGAAUGCGGACCAGGUUGGCUCAAAGAUGUAAGCAAGGAUGAUCAGUUUGACCCGUCGGAUGAAAAAUGCUGCAUACAGCAGUGCGCGUCUUUCCAGUGUCCGAAAGGAUGGCAGCCUGAUGCAGCAAAAAAGGACAAGAUCAGCAGCUCGAAAGAUGUCUGCUGCUUGCCACCAUGCUCCCUCCACACCUGUGACACGGAUGCUGGCAUGGCUAACGCCGGCGAUGGCGUUUUUGGAGACCUGCGCCAAGCAGACAUGUUCGCCGCCCAAGAUUGCUGCGGCAAUCCGAAGCUAAGCGAGAUUCCGGGUGGAAGCGCCAGCUUUCCAAAGUCCGAAGACCUGUGCUGCGAGCCUGAAGGCUGUGGAGAAUUCCGAAAGCUCAACAAGCUAGGAGAGGGCGCAACAUGCAACUCGCUGUCGAAGGAUGAUUGUGACUCAAGCUAUGGAGCCUAUUUCUCCAAAGAGAAUGGCAAGAACGUAUCCAGAUGGGUGAGAUGUGCUUUCGACAAAGACUACAACCUCUGUCGCCUGGACUCGACAGGCGAGAAGGAGCAGCGCGGGCGUUGCCUUCGAGACGGCCUGAGAAAAUUGGCGGUCUACGAGACGUCCUGGCUGCGGAACAUGCAGUACGACCUCGAAGGGGCUGCAAAGGCUGCCGAAGACUUCGAUGCGGUCAAAGAGCUGCAGGACUUCAUUGAGUCCGCGGUGAAGGAAGUCGGUGCUGGACCGUCUGCAAGCGCUCUCGUGGCCUUGCCGUUUUUCCAGCUCGGCAAAGCCCGUGAACCGCGCAAGGUGACACCCGAACUACAGCAGCUUGCGCAGGUCCAGCAGCACAUUCGACAGCUGAUGGACGAAAUGAGUCCUGUGAUAGCUUCGAUGCUGGAAGGACCUGAAGGGGAGCAGGCUGAAAGCCUCAGCCGGCGUGUCACUGAGUGGCGGCCGCGGGCCGCCUUCUGCCAGGUUCUCCGCACUGCAGUCAUGCGAGACGACCCGCAGGGCACAGAACUGGACGGCGCAGCCGGGAAGAAUCUCAGCCCUCGAGCGUUCGAGGCACUUGCAGUGUGCUUCAAAGCUGCGUUGGACUCUUCGGAUGAGCAGAGUGAUGCGUGGUGUGGUCGCGACUUGAUGGUGUUGGCCCAGUUGUUUCGAACCGACGAUGAAGACGGCAAACAGGUGUCCCUGCUUUCCCGUGUUUACAACCACGCGCUGUGGAACAAGGUGACCUUUUGGGAGGAAGUCUUGCUACUGUCCUUGUGCGAGGCGUAUGCUGCUGAAGCUGUUUGGCGGCGAUCUGUGCCAGCAGGCAGCCAGUUUAGCAAGCCCGCGAUGACGAGCUUCCUGCAGCGCUUUGUGGGAUACAUGAUGGCCUUCGGCAUCAGCUUUGAGCAGGGCAGGAGUUCAGUCACCAGCACCCUCCGCAAGAGCCAUGCCUUCCUCGGCCAGCAGACGGUCCAAUUGUACGGCCAGCUGCUCUUGUCGGCUUACGAGGUGGCAACGCCCCAGGGCACGGCGCCGGGCCCGGGCGAACUCAACUUGGCUGUGCUCGAGGCACCCCCCUGCGCCGCUCCCAAGUCGACAGAGGCCUGGUCCUCACCAGAGGACGACUUCGAGGCUGUUGCUCUGGGCGUGCAGGCAGAUUUCACAUCGGAAGGCCGCCAGAUGGGAGAGAUGACACCAUCGAUCAUGCGUCCGAUGAAGACGCCGAGACAGGCCUGCCCCAUGGGGGUGGUACAGUUGCUUCUGAGAAAUCCAUAG